UAUCCGCCGAUUAACGGGGCCCACUCAAUUCUCCUCUCCUUUCUCUUCCCUCUUCCUCCCUCCUCCUCUUUUGUCAUUUUCUAUUUCUCCUAUUUUCUUUUUCAGAAAGAAAAAAAAAAAACACUCAUUCCCCGUAACACCGACGGAUUUAUAUGCAACCGUCUGUGUUUCGCAGAUUUCCUUAUUUAUCGGACUAUCCGACUUUGAGUUGAAGCCGCUUCUUCGACAAUUCAUUUUGAACACUUUUCGGCAAUUUUAACCACCAAUAUAGGGCGAGGAUUCAGUUUUUAUACCUAUACUCUACGUAUAUGUGAUCGGGAAGCCUAGGGGAUUACGUAGAUUUGGAUCACGAUUGACAAACAAAAUUCAAAAGGAAAAAUGAGUGAGAACAACAAGUUCCAGCUGGGGACAAUAGGUGCUCUCAGUUUAUCGGUCGUCUCCUCCGUCUCCAUUGUUAUAUGCAACAAGGCUCUUAUCAGCAGUCUCGGUUUCACCUUUGCCACAACUUUGACAAGCUGGCAUCUCCUGGUCACAUUUUGUUCUCUUCAUGUGGCCUUAUGGAUGAAAUUGUUUGAGCACAAGCCCUUUGAUGCCAGAGCUGUCAUGGGAUUUGGUAUAUUAAAUGGGAUAUCCAUUGGGCUUUUGAAUCUUAGUUUGGGUUUCAAUUCUGUUGGUUUCUACCAGAUGACAAAACUGGCAAUUAUCCCCUGUACCGUUCUUUUGGAGACCCUUUUCUUCAGGAAGAAAUUCAGUAGGAAUAUUCAACUUUCAUUGGCCAUUCUUCUUUUGGGUGUUGGAAUUGCAACUGUAACUGAUCUUCAGCUCAAUCUCCUGGGUUCUAUCCUUUCUUUGCUGGCAGUUGUUACUACGUGCGUAGCUCAAAUUAUGACUAAUACCAUUCAGAAGAAGUUCAAAGUAUCUUCAACCCAACUUCUCUACCAGUCCUGCCCUUAUCAGGCAAUAACUUUGUUCAUCAUUGGCCCAUUCCUGGAUGCGCUUUUGACUAACCAGAAUGUUUUUGCUUUCAAGUAUACCCCUCAAGUGCUGUUCUUCAUUGUGCUGUCCUGCCUGAUAUCUGUCUCUGUCAACUUUAGUACGUUUCUGGUAAUUGGAAAGACAUCCCCGGUCACCUAUCAGGUCCUAGGACAUCUCAAAACAUGCCUUGUUUUGGCCUUCGGUUAUGUUCUACUUCAUGAUCCAUUUAGCUGGCGCAACAUUUUGGGGAUCUUGAUUGCUGUAGUUGGAAUGGUUGUUUAUUCAUAUUAUUGCACUGUUGAGAGCCAGCAGCAGAAGGCUAGUGAAGUAUCACAAUUGCCACAGGUUAAAGAAAGUGAAUCUGAUCCUCUAAUUAGUGUGGAUAACGGAAGUGGGAUCUUGAGUGAUGGUAUUGUUGCAAAAGCUCCUGCAUGGAAUUCGAACAAGGACUUGCAUGCAUAAAAUUUUCCAAAUGUUAUAUUCAUUCUCCCUUGGAUGAAAAAUUAGUAAUCAAAUCUGUUCCAGCGACGACGAUGUUGCUGGUAAGGGUGGCUUAUCUGUUGCGUACCAACAGUUAGGAUUUAUUUGAACAUGACAACUUCUAUAGAAUGUUAGUUUCAAGAGUCGAAGAAAAUGCGUAAUAUAGCAGUUUUGGUUGUUAGUUGUGUAUUAGCAUUCAGGCGUGGGAAUGGAAUGCACACCAGAAUUUGAUUUGUUAAAUGUAUAAUGUUACCAGACAACGAUAUUUUUCCUAGCAGUUAUUUCUGUUUAGAAAAAUUCUAUAUUUUUGAAGAAAUGAAGGAGUAUUCACAUUGCCAUUUGUA